CAUCGAACGACGAUUCAGAAUCACUGAGCCUGUUCAGCCGUCUGUGUUCUUGCGUUCGUAGCAAGUUCUCUCUUCUGAUUUGAUCGACUCCGUCGUCAUGCCCGGCACGCAAGCCUUAGUUUUGUGGCCUAACGAUGGGGAUCAUGGUAAAACGGGAAUUGAGCCUAUCCACCACGUACCGAAGCACAUGAGGUUUGAUGGGUCGAAGGGAUCAGUUCGUUACUCAGGGGACAAGAGGUUCUACCCAGCCAGAGUUAUACUUAUAAGCGACGACCGGGACCUUCUGGAGAAGAAGGAAGACGAACUUCUCCUCUCUCUUUCUUCGAAAGAGAACGUGGAUCCGUUGGGGAAAGGAAAAAGGAAGAAGCAGGAAAGGAGAUCUUCUGGAGUAGCUUCGGACAAAUCAGUUGCCUUGGCAUUGGGUUCACGUCCACCAGUACCCAAGGAAGUCCAACAUUCCAAUCGAGUGGCUGCCAAGGAACGACAUGAAGCUAAGUCCAGGAAGACAUCUGCCUCUAACCUGACUGACAUAGGUGUUUUGUCCUACAUUAGGAAAAAGUUGCAAAGUUAG